AUGAACAACGCAGGACGAGUCCUCAACCGCUACGUGAGGCACUACGAGCCGCUGUCGUACGAGCCCGUGAGUAUACGCGGAAGGAGGUCAGGAGGAGGCCGCUGGAAGCGCUCCGUCGCUCAACCAAGCGACUUCGGCAACUUUCAGGUGACCUUCAAGGCUCUGAACAGGUUGUUCGGGCUUCACUUGAAGCGAGAUCGAUCUUCCUUCUCCGACGACUUUGUUCUAGAGACAAGCCGUGGCCCCGUCAAUGCCAGCCUCGAUCACAUGUACUCGGGCAAUGUUCUGGGAUAUCCCGGUAGCCGUGUGGUGGGUGGCCUGACGAAAGGCGUAUUUUUGGGUCGUAUCGCCCUGGCCGGAGCUGACGGCACCGAAGAGCAUUUCCACGUGGAGAGCGCCAGCCGUUACCUGGGACCCGGCCGCGACCCCCGCGUCCACUCGAUCAUCUACUCGUCUCGCGACGUUGUGCCGUCGGGGGGUCGAUGCGGCCUCUACGGAGCCACUCAGACUUUCCUGAGCCAAAUACGGAAGAAGCAACGCAAGAGGGCGGGGGGUUCGAAGCGACGAUCGGGCACAUUGCUCAAGCGCGUCUGCAACGUCGAAGUGGUGGUGGACCACUUGCUGUUCGAGUCGUACCUGAACGAGGAGGGUGGCGAUCGUGACAGAGCGCUCGAGGCCGUCACAACAAUGGUGGGCACGCACGCGGCAGCCGCCACGGAAAUCUUCAGCAAGACCGACUUCGACGGCAUCACCGGUAUUUCAUUCGAGGUGCAGCGCUUGCGGAUCAACGAGUCCAACUCCUGCGAAGGCAGAGUGCGGCACACGAAUCCGUUCUGCCGCCAGGACCUGGACGCGGCGCACAUACUGUUUGAGAUGUCCAAGAUCAAUCACGACAACUUCUGCGUGUCACACAUAUGGACGUACCGGGACUUCCCCGGCGGAACGCUUGGACUCGCCUACCUCGCGGAGUCCGAAGUCGAUACGGGCGGCAUCUGCGACAAGUUCCACUUCGGUGCCAACGUGGUCAAGGCGCUGACCUACCGAGGAAGCUUAAGCCUCAACACUGGCCUGGUAACCUUCGUCAAUAACAAUGUGCGUCUUACGCAGCGGGACACCGAGGUCACCUUUGCCCACGAGCUGGGCCACAACUUUGGAUCGCCGCACGACUACCCGCCCAAGUGCACACCGGGCGGCACCGCAGGCAACUACCUCAUGUACCCGAGUGCGCGCCGUGGAACCGAGCCGAACAACCUGAAGUUCUCGCCCUGCAGCAUCGGGAACAUCUCGCUCGUUCUCAAGGAACUCAUCGCCGGAGAAGCGAUUAGUCCCAAUUGCUUUCAGGAGCCACGUGGUCCUUUUUGCGGCAACAAGGUGCGCGAGGUGGGCGAAGAGUGCGACUGCGGCUACGACAACACCGAAUGCACCGACCGUUGCUGCUACCCGCGGCAGAGUGGGCCGGGAAAAGCGUGCAAGUUGCGACCCGGAGCGAAGUGCAGCGGUCAGAGCGCCUCGUGCCCGGCGUCCGCGUGGAGAGCCAACGGCACCGUCUGCAACCAGGGCACGCAACUGUGCGAGGCCGGCGAGUGCCGACGCUCCGUGUGCCGCAAGUACGGCCUCGUCGAGUGCUUCCUCGCCGGACCGGAUUUGACGCCCGGAGAGCGCUGUCUCAUCGCCUGCAGGGAGCGCGGUAAGAAUCCGGGCAGCGAGUGCCGCGAAGCGUGUUCCUUCCGUCGCAUGCGUAGCCUCUGCCACAAGAAGCUGCAGCCCGGAGCCCUGUGCGACCACAAUCACGGCUACUGCGACGUGUUCCAGCAGUGCCGCCACAUCGACACUGAAGGUCCACUCACCAGGCUCCAGUGGCUCGUGCUAGGGAACAAGGAAUUCCCUAACCUGCUCGUGCGUCACUGGUUCCUAACAGCCCUGGGCAUCGUGCUCAGUGCGGUGGCGACAGUUGUGCUGAUACGUGUGUGCGCCACCUACAUCCCCAGCAGCAACCCUCACCUGAAGCCGGCCAAGAAGAUCACAGUCACCAUCCGCCACCCACUUGACUUCAUCUCGGAACACUUACGUCGCCAAUAA